AUGAAGAACAGCGAGCCCCAGCUUUAUUCUGAGAUGCAGAGCUUGGGCUCCAAAUCAUCGAAUGCAGAGAGUGGAAGUGAAUCAUCGGCCCAACUCCGCGAGCGUCUUGUGGAGAUAACGUGGGAUACGGUUGCCGCUUUCCUGCCCAAGGCUGGCGGAACUGUAGACUCUGUUCUCGAAAGGAAGAUGAUAGCGAUUGCACAAUCCUGUUUGCACAGACCGGAAUGCAGUCUUCUGGAUGUGGGGUGUGGCACGGGCUCUGUUUUGAAGUUUCUUGAUGAUUGCGAACAUGCAGCGGGUGAGUAUCAUGGGAUUGACAUAAGCGGCAAUAUGAUUGAAUCAGCCAAAUCCCAACAUCCAGGAGUUUUGUUCGAGAAAGCGAACUUUUUGCAACUACCUGUUGGAGAAGGAUGCAAGAAGUAUGAUACCAUCUUGUUCAAUGGUUCUAUACAGUUCUUUGUCAACCAACAGGAGGUCAUCAGGCAUGCAAAGAGUCUCCUGCAUCCAGCAGGUCGAAUCGUGAUCACUCAUGCUAACGGAGAAGAGUUUGUGAGGCAGGAGCAAGCCGGAAACCGCUUCCUCGUUCCCUCCCUUCUGCCCUCCACCGAUUUUCUGGAGGAGAUUGCAAUCAAAAAUGGUCUCGUGGUCAUGGAGAGGGAUGGAACAGAUUCUUCGCUGAAUGAUCCAGCAAGUUUCUACUUGCAGGUGCUCGCUGAUUCCGAGUAG